UCAUGCCUAAAGCCAUUUCCUUUCUUUGCUGUUUGCUCUCAACAGCACGGAUCUCCAUUACUUCUUACAGUAUUAAAAGCAAAGAUAGCAAGAGAAAGAACUGAAGAAGACGAGCAGAGCAGAAACGCGCUUCAAUGGGUUUCUAGCCCAUUUCCUACUUAAAGGGAAAGGUGGUGUAGAGAGGGAAGGCAGGCAGGCGGCGGGCGGCAGAGGCAGCAGCAGCCACGCCAACCAGAACCAGCACCUUUGGACGCUCCGCUCGUCCACGUGACUAUUCUCUUCCCUCCUCGCCUCCUCCCUGCCCCGGGCUGUCGCGCGCACAGGCCAGGGCGUCUCAAGCUCCUGCACGCGCUCGCUUUACCAGUCCUGAGGAAAAGGGAGCAAGCGAGUGAACGAAGGAACUGAGAGAGCUGCUGGAGCUGUUCCUGCAAAGCCAGCUGAAGAGGGUUGCUGGGAGGGAGGGGCACGAGGAGAGGAGGUCGCAGCACCAGGAGCAGCGCGGUUCUGCAUUUUCUGUGUGAUGAAGGUUCAUUGCAUUGCUCCUCCGUUUGUUGCUAGCUGACACUCAACUGCACCCAGUGCGCACCAGAAAGGAGACACCGCGGUGCCGUGACCUUGGCCGAGGAGUGGCAAGUUGAAAAUUCCAUUAUUUAAGAGCCUAUCUGAUUUGGGGUGACAUGGCACAGGGAAAUAAUUAUGGACAGAGCAGUAAUGGGGUGGCUGAUGAAUCACCCAACAUGCUUGUGUACAGAAAGAUGGAAGAUGUCAUAGCACGCAUGCAAGAUGAAAAAAAUGGAAUUCCUAUUCGAACUGUUAAAAGUUUUCUUUCCAAGAUACCCAGUGUCUUCUCUGGGUCAGACAUUGUGCAAUGGUUAACGAAGAAUUUAACUAUAGAAGAUCCAGUGGAAGCUCUCCAUCUGGGAACAUUAAUGGCUGCCCAUGGUUAUUUCUUUCCAAUCUCAGAUCAUGUUCUCACAUUAAAGGAUGAUGGCACAUUUUACCGAUUUCAAACACCCUAUUUUUGGCCAUCAAAUUGUUGGGAGCCGGAAAAUACAGACUAUGCUGUUUACCUGUGCAAGAGAACAAUGCAAAACAAAGCCCGACUGGAGCUAGCAGACUAUGAAGCUGAAAGCUUGGCUAGACUGCAACGAGCAUUUGCCCGGAAGUGGGAAUUUAUUUUUAUGCAAGCAGAAGCACAAGCAAAAGUUGACAAGAAAAGAGACAAGAUAGAACGGAAGAUUCUUGAUAGCCAAGAACGAGCUUUCUGGGAUGUACACAGACCAGUAUCAGUCUAUGGAUUACAAAAUGAUAUUCGAAGCCACAGUCCAACCCACACACCCAUACCAGAAACUAAGCCUCCAACAGAAGAUGAAUUGCACCAACAGAUAAAAUACUGGCAAAUACAGUUAGACAGACACCGGUUAAAAAUGUCCAAAGUUGCUGAUAGUCUACUGAGCUACACAGAACAGUAUGUUGAAUAUGAUCCCUUUCUUGUACCACCUGAUCCUUCUAAUCCAUGGAUGUCAGAUGAUACCACUUUUUGGGAACUUGAAGCAAGCAAAGAACCUGGCCAACAGAGAGUUAAACGGUGGGGUUUUGGCAUGGAUGAAGCAUUGAAAGAUCCAGUUGGGAGAGAACAGUUCCUCAAAUUUCUAGAGUCAGAAUUCAGUUCAGAAAAUUUGAGGUUCUGGCUGGCAGUGGAAGACUUGAAGAAAAGAACUAUUCGGGAAGUCCCCACCCGGGUCCAGGAAAUAUGGCAGGAAUUUCUGGCUCCAGGUGCUCCCAGUGCCAUUAAUUUGGAUUCCAAAAGUUAUGACAAAACCACACAAAAUGUGAAGGAGCCAGGACGGUACACAUUUGAAGAUGCUCAGGAGCACAUUUACAAAUUGAUGAAAAGUGAUUCCUACCCACGUUUCAUACGAUCCAGUGCCUACCAGGAGCUGUUACAGGCAAAGAAAAAGUUGGGCAACUCAAUGGAUCGCAGAACAUCUUUUGAGAAACUUGCACAUAUGUGGGCAGAAACAUCCCUAUUUUCCCAUGCCAUAAAAACUGUACACCAACACUGAGGGCCAGCACUAACCUGUUAUGAAAAGAGGGGAAAUCGCUCACAUCCAAGAGGUUAACCAGUCUAGUUCAGUCCUAUUAAAAGGAUCUACUUGUAGCAUGGACCCAGCCUCGAAUCAUUAUACACACUUUGUAGCUCACUUAGUCCCUGGAUCAGAGGACAUUAGACCAAGAUGUUGCAUGAGCAAAGGACUGGAUAUGUUCUCUUUUGCCUCCACUGAAGCAUUACAGACUCCGAGGGACUCUAUUUCUUCUCACCACUUCCAAUUCCAAUCUUGUCUGUUCACUUCCUCCUUCAUAUCAAGCUGGAUCUAUGUAAUUCUUUUCUGCAAGUUCAAGUACAGUGAAACUUUUUUUUUGAAAGCUUCUCCUAGACACAGAGUUCAUUAAAAAAAAAAAAUGCAGUAAAUCCCAACCUGGAAGAAUUGUAAAAAAUAUAUAUAUACAUAUAUGAAUAAAUAUGCAUAUGGCAUCACAUUUAUUGAGCAGUAAAUUAGCACAGGUUUCAUUUCACUUAUGUAUUCCCAGUCAGAAAAAAAAAAAAAAACAAACAAACAAACAAACAAAAAAAAAACUGCGUCUUUGUUGUCAUCUGUACUCUCUGUUAAUGUUUCUUGCAUUUAUUUUUAUACCAUCUUUAAAAGAAACACCUUUUACUCCAAAUGUAUUAAAGUUGGUCCCUUCUCUGUAAAUUUGUGUAUGUUUAUAUUGUUGUUUUAUCUUUCAUUAAAAGAUGCAGAAUCUC